AUUUCUAGGCAAUCCACGCAAUUCUCAAAUUAUCCAUAUUCUUCAUUGGAAUCUGUUUCACAAUUACGCACAAUCUUUGAUCCGGGUGUCAGCUUUCUUUGUGGGAAUUUACUUGGAUCCUUUUCUCUGGAAGUCACGAGUUCGAGGCGUGGAAACAGUUUCUUGCAAAAAUGCAGGGUUAGCAGCAACCGCUUUUAAUCACAGUAUCUUGAACUGUGAGCUAUGGCCUCAACCCUGGAAAAUGAAGCUCCUUCCCCCCAAAGUAUAUUCAUUCUAUCUGGCCAAAGUAACAUGGCUGGUCGUGGUGGAGUAGACAAGCAUAAGCAUUGGGAUGGCGUCGUACCAAACGAGUGCUCUCCCGAUGCUUCUAGAAUCUUCCGUCUUAGCGCAGAUCUCCACUGGGAGGUUGCACGUGAGCCGCUCCACCAUGAUAUUGACGCCAAGAAGACUUGUGGUGUUGGACCUGGAAUGUCAUUUGCAAAUGCGGUCAAGGACCGUGUAAAAGCUAUUGGGUUAGUGCCAUGUGCUGUAGGUGGAACUGCGAUAAAAGAGUGGGCGCAGGGGGAGCAUUUGUAUGAGAAUAUGGUAAAGAGAGCAAUAGCUUCAGUGCAUCAAGGUUUAGAAAUCAAGGCACUGCUUUGGUAUCAAGGGGAGAGUGAUACAUUAUCUCAGCAUUGCGCUGAGACCUAUAAGGCUAAUAUGGAGAAGUUAAUACAUAAUGUUCGCGCUGAUUUGCAUCUGCCAUCUCUGCCAAUUAUUCAGGUUGCAAUUGCAUCAGGAGAUGAGAAGUACAUUGAAAAGAUUCGAGAAGCGCAAAAGGGGAUUGACCUCCCAAAUGUUGUAUGUGUUGAUGCCAUGGGAUUGCAGCUUAAGGAAGAUAACCUCCAUUUAACCACAGAGGCCCAAGUUAAAUUAGGCCAAAUGUUGGCCGAUGCAUACCUUACUCAUUUUGCACCACAACAACCUUCUGUGGCUUCAUCUUGAGAAAUUUGCUGUACUAUGUAAGCUAAAAGAUAUUUAAUGAAACUAAACUCUGCCAAGAAGCUUCUUGCGAACCAAUCUCUUCUACUAAAAUUUCCUCAGGUUCAAUAGUUUGGGCAUUCAUUUUUAUGCAAUUUGAUCCCGUCAGUUGGAUUA